AUGAUUUUCCGUGGUUUUAGACUGACCUACUUCUAUGGCAAAAACUGUGAACGCAUUAAACCAUGGAUAAAGGAAAAAUGUGCCAUAAAUUUAUGUAGAACUACGAGAAGUUUACACACUUUGAAUGCUGCAGCCUCAAAAUAUAAAAACAUUGAGUGUGGAACGACGGGAAAAAAUAAAAUACAGAAUCGUUAUCAAAUAGGCGUUUAUGAUUAUGUAUUCGAUUUAGUUAAAAAGAAUGAUAGUGACAUAAUUGAUAUUUAUGAUUUAAUUGAAUUAAUGAAUAAAGCUGGUAUAUCAUUGAAUGAUCCAAGAUUAGCAAAAUUUACAAAAGCAUUAAAUGAAUUACAAGGUAAUAAAAUCAAUCGAAAUGUUCUACAAAGUAAAUCAUUAACGUUGGAUAGAGAAACAUUUCGAAUUGUAGCAAAAGAAAAUCUCCAUAUGUUAUUACGCAUUAUGACAAAUGAUUUUUGUAUACCAGAUUUUGAAUCAUUUGCAAGUGAAAUUCAAACAGUUUUUAAUUUAUGCAAAGAAAAUACAAGUGGUCAAGUAGCCAGUUAUAUACCAGAAUUAAAAGAAAUGAAUCCAAACUAUUGGGGAUUAUCAUUGUGUACUGUCGAUGGACAACGCUUAUCCAUGGGUGACAGCACUAUCCCAUUUACAAUACAAUCUAGUAGUAAACCAAUUACAUAUGCAUUAGCUUUGACCGAUUUAGGUCCACAACAUGUUCAUCAAUAUGUUGGCUAUGAACCAUCAGGAUUACCAUUCAAUCAAAUUUCUUUAAAUCAUAAAAAUAAACCACAUAAUCCCUUAAUAAAUUCCGGAGCAUUAGCUAUUUGUAGUAUACUACAACCAAGUUUAAAUCCUUCAGAACGUUUUAAAUAUGUUGAAAAUAAAUUUAGUCAAAUGGCUGGUGGAUUAUCAAUGGGAUUUAAUAAUGCUGUAUUUUUAUCAGAACGUGAAACAGCUGAUCGUAAUUUUGCUAUUGCAUAUUAUAUGAGGGAAAAUAAAUGUUUCCCGCCAACUUUUGAAUUACGUGAAUUAAUGGAUUUUUAUUUUCAAAUAUGUUCAAUUGAAGUCACUUGUGAAUCAGCUGGUAUUAUGGCUGGAACAUUAGCAAAUGGUGGUAUUAAUCCAUUAACAAAUGAAACUGUAGUAAGUGCAGCUGCAGCACGAGAUACUCUAUCUGUUAUGCAUUCAUGUGGAAUGUAUGAUUAUUCAGGACAAUUUGCAUUUAAGGUUGGUUUACCAUGUAAAUCUGGUGUAUCCGGUAUAAUCAUGGUAGUCGUGCCUAAUUUACUUGGUUUAGCUGUUUGGUCACCACCGAUUGAUAGACAUGGGAAUUCAGCGAGAGGUAUACAAUUCUGUCAAGAACUUGUUCAUAGAUUUAUCCUUCAUCAUUAUGAAAGUCAUUUACAUUAUGAUAAAAAAAUUGAUCCACGGAAACCACGUGAUUCUUAUCGAACAGAUGCAGUUACUACAUUAUUAUUUGCUGCUAGUAAUAAUGAUCUAUCAACUCUGAGAAGAUGUUUUAUUCAUGGAGUAGAUUUUAAUUCAAUUGAUUAUGAUGGACGUACUGGUUUACAUGUAGCUGCUAGUUGUGGUUCAUUAGAUGCUGUCAAAUUUUUUAUUGAAGUUUGUGGUGUAACACUUAAUUCAACUGAUCGUUGGGGACAUACACCAUUAACAAAUGCGAAACAAUUUGGUCAUGAACAAAUUGUUGAAUAUUUAGAAACUAAGAAUAAAAUAAAUCAAUAA